GCCGCCCUCGACACAUUCGCACGGAAACCAGGCGAAUGUCAUUCGUCACGCCAUAUUGGAUAUUCUUUUCUAUCAAAGUGGCAUUCUGUACCACGUUUAGUUUGGUUAGAACAACACGUACGAAAGAUGCAGAUUUUCGUGAAAACCCUUACCGGCAAGACCAUCACACUUGAGGUCGAACCAUCAGACACUAUCGAAAAUGUCAAAGCUAAAAUCCAAGACAAAGAGGGCAUUCCACCCGAUCAACAACGUUUGAUCUUUGCCGGCAAACAAUUGGAAGAUGGUCGCACAUUGUCCGACUACAACAUCCAAAAGGAAUCAACAUUGCAUUUGGUGUUGCGUCUUCGUGGUGGUAUCAUUGAACCAUCUCUUCGUAUUUUGGCCCAAAAAUACAACUGCGACAAGAUGAUUUGCCGUAAAUGCUACGCUCGUUUGCAUCCAAGAGCAACAAAUUGCCGUAAGAAGAAGUGCGGACACACCAACAAUUUGCGCCCAAAGAAGAAGUUGAAGUAGAUCCAUUCAACUCAACGCCCGUUUGUUGCUGUUUUUCUUUUCGUUCACGCAUCGUUUUCGUUUUCAACCGAAAAUGGUUUGGCGUUCGCGUGUGCGAUUCAUUUCAAUGUGAAAAAAAAUUGCAUUUUUUUUUGUGAAAUUUCUUAACAUCUAAAUUUCCAUUGUAUUUCGAAAACGAAGAGAAACAACAACAACAAAGUUUUGAAUAAAGAAAAAAUACCACGUUAUAACUAAAGAAAAACCAAA